AUGUCUGCACAAGCGAUCCGUUGGUUGAAAAGCGUCGACAAGUAUACCCAAGCUCAAGAGACCUUGCUGCUACGCUUUCCCAUCGACGAUCGACCGUCUCUGCUCGAAGUGCAGCCAUCAUCCGCACCCGAGCUGUUUGCCCUCGCUCGGUACUACAAGAUGGUCGCCGAGUUUCUGGAUUACAUGCAGUACGGUCUCAACGUCAAUACGACCACAGCGUGGACGCUCGUCCCGCGAAUAGUUCAGCAAUCUCCUUCCCACGGCGGAGACCUGGCCGAUGUCGUUGCCGCCUUUGAGCGAUUGCUGGUGCAGCAGAUGAUCACCCUGAUAUUCGUACUGGAGAUGAUGGGAGACACACAGAGCGUAUCGCUGGAUCUAGAGUCAUCGUGGCAUAGGGAAAUCUUGGUCACCAUAUUCAUGGCCGUCAAGCCGAUAGCCGGAGCUGGAAUCUCCGACACCGACUUUGUGGACAUGCACACGCAAAAGCUGCUAGCAGCUAGUUUGGAGUACGAACGUCAGCUUGAGGAGUCGGGCAUGCGCGGCAAGGAAGAGGUCUUUCGGAAGUGUUUCAAAUGCUCUCAAGCGGGUAAUGUAGACAGAUGA